AUGCAAAAACUAUAUGAUCCAUAUAAAAAAUAUAGGCCAUAUUUCCUUAGGUGGGAUGGAUCUAUUAUUUUACAUGCUUUUCCCUCAGUAUUUAUCGCAACUAUUAUUUCUGGAAUUGUGUGUCUUCUUUAUGAACGUUGUAAUAUCAACCUAAGCAUUUCCGCAACUUUAACACCAGUGCUCAGUAUUGUAGUUGGAUUGUUAUUAACUUAUAGAACGAAUACUUCCUAUGAUAGGCAAGGGAGACGUCUUUGGUCAAAAAUGAUAUUUGCCAUCAGAGGCCUCGUGCGUCACAUCUGCAUAAAUAUUGACUCUAAAAGCAAUGUUGGCUCACUAGAACAAAAGGCAGCAAUCAACCUUCUCAUAGGUUUCGCAUUUUCCACAAAGCAUUACCUUCGUGAAGAAGGAACUGAGUGUGAUGAUCUUAAACCUUUUAUUUCAAGUAUCAGUAUUGAUACACCAAAUUUUGUGCCACUAACUAAACAAGUAGCUAAAGUUAUCGAGAAAGAAAAAAAAAAACAGAAUUUAGGAUCAAAAGCUUUUAAAUGGGUUAAAAGAAAAUUUAAAUCCAAGAAACAAAAACCUAAAAAUUACAAUUUACCAUUAGCAAUCUCGCUUUAUCUUACUUCAUAUGUUGAUAAACAAUUUAAAAAUAAUAUCAUUGAUCAACCAACAGCUAACCUUUUAUAUAUUAAUUUGAACACACUUAUUGAUUGUCUAUCUGGAUUUGAAAGAAUUUUGAAUACGCCAAUUCCCUUGGCUUAUGCAAUUCAUUUAUCACACACAGUUUGGAUUUAUUGUGUUAGCUUACCAUUUCAACUGGUUUCUACAAUGCAUUAUGCUACCAUUCCUGUAGUGUUAAUUGUAUCCUUUAUUUUAUUUGGUAUUGAAGAAAUCGGUGAAGAAAUCGAGGAUCCGUUUGGUUAUGAUGAUAAUGAUUUGAACUUGGAUCACAUUUGCAACGUUAUUAAAGAAGAAAUUCAAGUGACUACAAUUAAAAAAAGAGUAGAAAAUCAACUAUUUGAUAAUGAUAGAAUUAUACCUUCUGAAGCUAUUUUGCAACCUUCUGGUAGUAGUACUUUUGAUAGGACACUAUAUGAAAUCGAAACUCGUAUUCGCUAA